UUUCAUGAGGCCCUCAUCAUUCACAUUGGAAGAUGAAUUAAAUUCUUUAUUGAAUUCGCAUCAGCAGAGGCCGGAGCAAUCUUCUUCUGGUAACCUGGCCAAGAUACAAAAGGUGCCACCAUAUCUUCGAAACCGAUCUGAGUUUGAACGGUAUUACUUUCCUAAGAUGGUAUCCAUUGGUCCCAUUCAUCAUCGUCCCAAAGGUGAGAUAACAACGAAGAAUCAUCUUGAGCAAGGAGAAGAGUACAAGAAAACGUGGGCAUCAAAGUACCUGCAAGGUAAAGACGCUCAGAAACUACUUCAAAAUAUCCAGUCUGAAAUCCAAGAAUUGAAGAAGUUGUAUGCUGAUGAUGUGAUUCAAGGCUUCAACACAGAUGACGAGCUGGCUUGGAUCUUGUUCGUAGAUGGUUGUGCUGUGCUUCAUAUCAUGGACAAAGUGGAACCGUCAAAAUUUCAAGCACUGUACAUUAUUGUGCAGAAUGAUCUGCUCUUGUUGGAGAACCAGCUUCCAUAUAACGUUUUGAGCAUAUUAAGCAACGAGGACGAUUCUGCAUUGACGAGUCUCACAAAGCGUUUCAUAAAUUCUUUCCUUGAAGCACGCGACAUCGCCCCACAAUCUCAAGUGAUCAAUCAGCCAGCCCAUUUGCUGGAAGUUCUAAUCUCAUUCAUAGUGGUUCUUGAUCAGACGAAAGAAACAACGAUAGUUGGUAUGCAGCAAAAUGAAGUCCCCAAGUACCCUCCCAAGCCUCCAACACAUAGGAACAUACAGGAACUUAUAACAUCAGGGAUUAAAAUUAAGAAAAACGAUGAGAAGAAUCUCACGAACAUCUAUGUGCGUGGUGGUAAGCUCUUCGUUCCCCCGCUCACAGUGGAUGACUUCACAGCUCAAAUGUUCUUGAACAUGAUGGCGUACGAGAUGUGCCCAGAUAAUCUGAAGAGCAAUUACGAGAUCAGUAACUAUGUUUCCUUCUUAAAUUCCUUGAUUGAUCAUGCAGAUGAUGUGAAAGUGUUGAGGAAAGCUGGGGUUUUAAACAACCAUCUUGGUAGCGAUGAAGAAGUGGCCAAAGUCUUCAACACUGUGAGCACUGACUUGGUGCUUGACACAGGAAUUUAUAAAGAGGUAAGACAAGACAUCGAGAAGAUUUACAAACGUCGAGUGAGGAUUUGGUUUAUUGAGCUGCAGCGCAAGCAUUUCAACACCCCAUGGACAAUCAUAGGCCUGAUAUCUGCUAUUCUUGGCUUUAUUCUCACGAUUGUCAACCUCAAGAAGCAAUUAGGUUCAAAAAAUUAAAC